AUGUCAGGAAUGUUCGGAUUUGGGCGACCGCAGCCAUCAUCGGCGGAGAAGAUCGCAGCCGCAGAGCAGGAAAUGGACCUCGUAACAGACAUGUUCAACAAACUCCAACAAGCAUGCAUGAAGAAGUGUGUACCAAAAGAUUACCGCGAAGGCGAGCUCAACAAGGGAGAAGGUGUAUGCAUUGAUCGAUGCGCCUCAAAAUUCUUCGACGUGCAGAUGAAGAUCUCGGAGUUAUUGCAAGCAGAGGCUCAGGCAAAAGGAGCUACCGGUGGUGGAUUCGGCGUUGGAGGCUUGUAA